CUGUGCUUCCUGCCCACAAACAAUCUAAAAUGGCAAAAAUAUUCGUUCUUUGCGUCGUCGCCGUGGGAAUGUUCCUGGCCAUCGACGCCCUGCCCCAUUUCGGUUCAUACUACGGAGGAUAUUGUGGAGGUUAUCAGCCAGCCCCAUAUCCAGCUCCAUAUCCAGCCCCAUAUCCAGCUCCAGUGCCAGCGCCUCUGCCGGCACCACUGCCAACCGUGAACACAACUGCCAUCGCUAACGCAACAGCCGCCAUCGCCGCCCAAUAUCCACUUAUUGGAUUAGUGCUGAACUCAAUUUUGUCUGGUUGAAUGUUGUUACCGUUUUAAAUAAAUGUUGUUAAUUUUUUCGUA